UUAAUAGGCUACUCUGUCACGAUUAAAACAAUCAGAGACUGAGAACAAACUAUUAUAUGAGUUUGAUAACAUUUUAAUGAACCAGCAUCAGAUCUAACUUUAACAGGGUGUGUGUUUCUGUGACUUCCGUCACCGCCAUCUCGCACACGCAGCUCAUCUCGACCGAGCUACGUUCAUCACCGCACCUGUUGCGCUUUAAUACUAAACCGAUAAUAUUCUUUUGGGGGAAUUCCAGAGAUAAUAUUAACUAAAUUUACGUCGUUUGCCUUUGCUUUCUCCAAAAACUAUACUUUUGUUUCCAUAAUUUAAUGAAACUAACGUUAUGAAACGUUAGUAACAUGCGUUAUAAUGCUUUCGAUAUUGGCUGUCUUCGGGUGUUUCACUGUCUUCAUGACACCAGGGCUGUGCUGUCGUGAAAAUGAAUAUAAAACAAGUGAUGGACGAUGUUGUCCGAUAUGUCACGAAGGUACAGUUGUUAAAAGAGACUGCACAACAGAGUCAGGCACACGGUGUGUCCCCUGUGUGAAUGGGACUUAUAUGAACCAACCUAAUGCCCUGAAAAAGUGUUUCCCCUGCACCUCCUGUGACCAGGGUCUCUUUGCCAAACAGCAGUGCACAGCAACACGUGACACUGUGUGUGGUGUUUUAGAGGGCUACUUCUGCAAAGAAUUGAGGGAUGAUACAGGAUGCAGUUUGGCUCAAAAACAUACACCCUGUGAAUCCGGUCACAGGAUAAAAACACCUGGAACCAGCAGAACUGAUACAGUGUGUGAACCUUGUCAGCCAGGCUAUUUUUCACAGUAUGGUUUGAACUGCGCGGCUUGGACUAUUUGCUCAGAAACCCAAAAGAAGAUCAGAGAAGGAGAUGCGCACAGUGAUGUUGUCUGUAAAGCAACUGCUUCAAGAGUGCAUUACUUCUUACCCAUACCUUUAUUAUUAUCAUCAUUAACAAUUGUUGGCCUUUUGAUUGGGGGUUAGUUUUGCAUGUUUUGCAUCCCUGAUUUGACUGCCUAAUACAUAACAUCAUUUCCUCCCAUUUUUCCUCAUUGUCUCCAGUGGAUGGUUGCUAAUGGUUUUAGCUAUUACAUUUCUAGCUUUUGGACUUUAAGUGACCUAAGAUUGGGAAAAAAAUCAGGUACAUUGCGACUUACACUUCCCUGGGACCACUGCCUCGAGAGAAACUUCCAGGAACUGUUUGCCCUGGACAGCUCCCACGAUCACAGGAUUAUUUUUGGAUUCUACAUUCCAACGCUCACCUGUGGGCUUGAUAGGUUGAGGAGCUCAGAGAUCUUACUGGAGCCCAGCAUAGAGUCGCCGCUCCUUUGCAUCAAAAGGGGCCAGUUUAGGUGGUUCGAGCAUCUGAUCAGGAUCCUCCUGGGCCCCUCCCGUUAGAUUGAUCCAAGGCCUGGGGUAUACCCAGAGCAUGCUGGAGGAAUUACAUAUUUCAUCUGGGCUGGGAAUGCCUUGGGAUCCCCAAGGAGGAGGCUGAAGAGCAUUGCUGGGGAGAGGGACGUAUAGAGCACCUGCUCAGCCUAUUUCCCCUGUGACUGUUGUGGUGAAAAAAUAGACUGCGGUGUUGAUCAAUAUUUUGUAAAAAAAAUUCUUCCAGUAAAACCAAAGAAAGUCCAGAGGACUCUGAAGAGAAAACAGGAGGCUAAUCAGAAGUCCAAUGCAAGAAGGUUUAUUCUAUGUUCAGAGUUGACAUCCAAAUAAACCCAUUUGAGUUGGUGGUCCGGACCAAGAACUGAACCCACAAGCCUCGGGCACUGACUUUUAUACCCACUCUCUCUCUCUUUCUCGUGCUCACUUUCUUAAGAUUUUAACCAAUCAUAUGUGUAGAAUUACUAUUAUUUUUUCUAAUACAUAUACGUCACAACAUCACUUUUUUGUCACUUGACCCCUGAAAGCCCCCUCGAACCGGUUAAAACAGGUUGGGUUGUUUACAUCUUUUCCCCAAAAGUGCCAUCCUCAGCAGCUUUUGUUUGACUAUGAUCUUACACUCAAUUUCACCACACCUCAGAUUGCCAUCGUAACAACCAUCCCUGUGCAUCCAUGAAGAAAACAUGAGUGGCUUGUUCUUUAACCUCAUUACCAUGACUAUAUUACGGUUCUGUUCAAUUGUUAAACCUUUUGAUGUUUUAUAUUUGCAUUUAUAUUGCAUUCUUCCCACUCUGUAUUGCAUCACGGCAGAGCUGCAAUAUUUUAAAUAAUUCUAAAAAGCAUUCUAAUUAAGUCAAAUUAAGUGCCAGGUAAUCAUUACAUCAUUACAUAGAUUCAACUUUGAAUUUUUGAUUUCUAACAUGGGGAGGACAGUUCUGGAAAAAAAAAAGUUCCAUCAUUAAUUGUAAAUAAACAUAUAAACAAAUUAUAAUUUAUAUUUUUUUUUCUUUUAUAAUAAAGCCUUAUUAACUUCCUGUGCAGUAACCAAAAAACAGCCUGUGUAAGAAGUGAAAAGCUGUGUGUGUGUGUGUGUGUGUGUGUGUGUGUGUUUCUUUUUGUCUGUUUUUAGGAGCUGCAUUGACAAAAUCCCUGUCAACUGUGUUGACGUAAAGAAUUGAAAUACCGUUAAACUUCUACUAGUAGCCCGGGCUAUUAUUUGCUUAAAUCACCUCAGGCCAUCAGGCCUUUAAUUCCUCUUGCUCAGCAAAGAUGGAAGACAUGAUCAAAUUGUUUAUUUCAACUAGUAUGAAUAUUACCUGUAUAAAAGUUAGGCCAAGUAACAUUGUCAACAAUCUGGUUUUGUUCAUCCAAAUAACUUCUAUAAUAAUGAACUGCUUGGUGACCAGACCAGGCGUCUAAUUGAGACAGGCCUUUAUUUGUCAAAAUGUGUAGCCACACCAGGCUAGUAAAAGGGACUGGGACUAGGCUUUUAUUUUAAGUUUUACAAUGAUUGGUCCUUCCAUUCAGGUUCCAUUGCAACAUCUGCAGAGAUACACCCACACCAUUUUGACUGAAGGCAAACACAGUAUUAUAUAUCUAGUAAUACAUCCAUUCUUUAUUAUUUAAGAACUCAAUGACUCAAAUAAAACGUCCCAUCUACAAAGUGCCAUAUAAAAGUAAAACAAAAUUCUGUCUAUUCUGUUGUCAUAUAUUUAUAUUUACAUUAUAUUAUAAAACUAUCGAGGAUUUACUUAUUUAUGCAUUAAAUUUACAAAAGGAUCAAAGUAGAAAUUAGUAAAACAUUCAUUCAGAAUUUCAUUAAUUUAACACAAACUUUCAAACCAUAGGUUCAUAUUUACAAAUUGCAGAUAGAAAGAGAUAAGUUAACAUAACCAAACAUAAUUUUUUGCCCCGCUGCCCAGAGGAGCAAAAAUUGAGCAAUGAACAUAAAAGUCGGCAAGAAAAAUCCAGCACUUUCGGGAUUUUGAGGAACCAGGCAGUCUCAAACUUUUCUUGUCAAGGAACAAAGACCCGUGUUAGAGAGGAUUUUGUCUGAAAGACUCCCCCCUAGAAAAGAUACAUUCCCUGAAGUUCCCUGGAAGACCCCCAGUGGACUGAAAUCCCAGUUUGAAAACAGUUCUUCUCAGCCACUCGAUAACCAAAACAUUGAUGUCACAUGAAUCAAUACAUAUAGUAGAUAGAUGCAUAGAUACUAAAUCAAUACCAGCCUUUUAAAAAUACUACUAGUACCAGCCUUUUUUGUCAUCAGUAGUAUCAGCGCCUCACUCUGUAACUCAGUGUGUUUAAGUGCUGAAACACAGUCUCAGUCAUACAUACAAGAUUGCAAACCACAAUAAGAGCAGUGUUAUUUUCCUUUGUAGUAGCUGAUGUCAAAAAUGUCAGUUGUGUUACUUUGCUUCUUGCUGUAACAAAGCGGUGAUAUAUGAUGCUUUUAUCUGUUUAUUAAUCUAUUUUUAAAAUAAAAUUUCAAAUUUCAUUGAA